GUCAUGUAUUUUAAAUGAUAUAUAAGGGGAACCUUUGCUCUAAUAUUUGUACAGCCAAACAGUUGUCCAAGACACCAGACCGAACAAAAGAAGGAUGCUGCGACUCAUUGCCGUUACUUGCAUUGUUGCCUGCGUUUUCGCAGACUCCUACUACCCCAAGUCAGGAGGAUGUGGAAUUUACGGUUGCAACUACGGGUACCAAGCACAAGGCCUAUAUGGUAACUUCGGAGGACUCGUAGGCACUGGUGGUAGUGGGCUAAGCACUGGAGGUUUCAACAGUGGAUUGUUCGGUCUUGGUGGAGGAUCAGCUGCCGCAAGCGCCGCCGCCGCCGCUGGGGAUGCUGCUGCUGCCUCCUCUGCUGCCGCUGCUGGUGGAAAUGCCGCCGCCUCAUCAGCCGCCGCUGCUGGUGGUUUAGGUUGGAACCAAUACUACCCAAACCAAUACUACUCUGGGCAAUACAACUACUUCCCUGGAGCCUAUAACAACUUUGUUUCUGGAUACAACUACUACCCAGGACAGUACUACUCCGGCUAUUACCCCACACAGUUCCCAUACUACGGAAUCGGAGGUGGAUCUGCCGCCGCUGCUUCUGCCGCUGCCGCUGGUCAGAGCGCCGCUGCCUCUGCCGCUGCUGCCGCUAGUCAGAUGAACGCUGCCGCCUCCGCUGCUGCUUCUUCAGGAUUCAAUGGAUUUAAUGGAGUCGGAAACGGAAUCAUUGUUGGUGGAGGUUACGGAGUCCGAAGACCCAGAAAGGUUUACUAAAUAAAUGGAAACGACCGGAAGCUUGUGUAUGGUAUUGAAUGAUUGUAUUUAUUGUAUAUUAAAUUCUUCAUUUAUGCAGCAUA